UAGUGGUAACCACUCCAUGAAAAUGAAGAAGCAACAACUACAACUACAAUUACAACUACAACUACAACCACAAUCACAACAACACCCGCUUUUGCUUAAAACUCUCUACAUACACUCAAAUUACAAUACAAAAUCAGUCACCACAUCACACUCUUUAACGAUCAAUAAGACGCCUCGAACUCAUCUGCGAAAGGUUCCAAAAAGCAAUCAAUCACUCAUUUACUUCGUCUUCGGAAUAUGGAGUAUGCCAAUCCUUCCCAACGUUGAAUCAUACACCAUUUCUACUCGUACACAAUUCGAAUCAACAAUCAAAACUCAGGGUCCCAUCAUUCCAAUCAUUCGACCGGUCUCUUUACAACAAUAAUAUUCACAGACGGACCUCCUCGCGAGCAUAACAAAUACAUCCUUCAUCAUGAAUAAAUUUGGCGGCAGAAAGGAUAAAGACAAGGAGACUUCACACAAACGAGAUAAAUCAAGAGACAAUAAGUCGGCCGAGAAGUCUACCGAGAAGAAGAGUCGAUCAGUUUCCGACAUUUUUACCUCGUUGUUUGUUCAUAUUAGAAAUUCAAAGUCGGAAAAGGAACUUGAUGAAGACCAGGAAAAGAUUUCACGGAUCAGAAGCCUAUUGGAAUCAGAUGGACACAAUGAUGUGAAAGAUGAUCAAAUUCUGUUUUGUCUGAAUUCAAUUUAUGCCAAUGGAAAUGUCGAGAAAGCACAUCAAAUCUUGCUAGUAUUCCACAAUUCGCUCUCCGGGGUCAUAUAUCCAUAUGAUCCAAAAAUAAAAAUGCUCGGAGCACAGAAUUCUCGCGGAGUUACCUGUUGGCUGGAUUCUUUUCUGGCUUCAUUGUUUACAGUCCCUACUCAAUUUCAAGAACUACUCAACAACUUCUACGAAGAUCCUCUCAAACAAAACCUAAUCCAGUUAAUUCGAUUAUGGGUAAACCUUAUGAGAUCGGGCAUUUUGAUUGAAGUUAACAUUACCGAACGUAUCCUGGAUAGUUUGAUCGAAUGCGGCUGGGAUGACUUGGAUAAACUUAAAGAGCAAGACCCAACUGAGGCACACAUGAAGAUUGGAGAUAUUCUCGAUUGGCCAAUGCUUGACUUGAGAGUUGAUUAUGAACAUGGUGGUAUUCGCGAAAAGGAUGAUCAUAGAACCUCGAAAGAGCGAACGCUUCCAAUCUCCAUUUCGACCGAUCAUGAGGGGCCGGGUCGUUUGCGGCUCGAAGAAUGUAUAGAACGGUCCUUGUUGUCUUUAGUCAAGAUUCAGAGACGCGUUGAACCUGACGAUGAUGACGAAAAACCAGUCCCAGAACACGUGGAAACUACAGAAGCCGAACCUAAUACUGACCAAAACACAACUUCGGAACACGUCGACAACACGGAAGCUGACUCGGACAAUGUAUCUCCAGGCCACAUGGAGAUGAAUGGCCAGUCAUCUUCCCACAUCCAUCUCACUCGGGAGGCGACACAUGAUGGAGGGUCAUUAAACCGUACGACGAGUCGCAUGUCUACUCGUAAAGAAAGAGAAGUCGACGCGUUCAUAUUAUCUAAGCUGAUUCGUCCGUCCAGUAGUUGGUCUCCAAUUUCUUGCCAUUUAAAUUCAAAUAUUGCUCCACCUAAGACUGUACCUGUACUAAUUGGUGAUAUAGUUUGGUUUUCCAAACCAGCUCCUGCAAACAAUCGAGAAUUUGUUGAAAGGAUCAAACAAAACCAUCAUCCAAUGCUGGGAUUUGAUCUGAAAAGAUAUCACAAUGUCGAGGGACCAGACGGCAAAGAAAUUCUGAAAAAGAACAAUACCCAUGUUGAUAUCCCAAAGAAAAUGAAGCUACCACAACACUUGGUCCAUGAAUAUGAAGGUUCAAACGAAAUAGCAAUCUCGGAUUGUUUUGAGCUAGUACUUCGAUCGAUGAUUUGCCACGAAGGAUCACUCGAAAGUGGACAUUAUAGAUCGCUAAUUCGCUUAGAUGUGGAGACCAAAGGUGACUUGGAUUCUGUACAACCGAAAGAUGGUCAACAACAUCCACCAGCUUAUGUUGAUGACUGCUGGAUAGUCCACGAUGACAUUGCAAGGGGGGGACGAGUAGCUAAGGUAGACAUUGAUGCAGCUUUGAAGCAGGACAGCAAAUACGGAAUGCCAGUCACUUUGUGGUAUGAAUUUGUUCCUAUUUUGGCGAACCUUUCCCCAGAAGAUUUGGCAAGAUUUUCCGACAAUACGACACCUCCAUCGUACACAUAUUCUUCUGUUCCAAGUAUAGAUGUACAGAUUUCCAAGGCAAGUCCAGAUUUGAAUAAUGGCAGCGGCGACGACGAAGGAUAUUUUACCCCACCACCGAACGAUCGUUCGAACUCUGUUGUCAGAUUUUCAUCUGAAAUUGAUCGAUCCCGUAGAAGUCUUAAUCUUCCUGAUGAUGACAGAAGAGGAAGCGUUGCGGCCACGGAUGCGAGUAGUGUCAGCGUUGAAAGGUCUGAUAACGAAUCAGCUCCUGCUACGCCAGGUGAGGAUCCUGUCAGUGUCAGAACUUCAAGAACAUUUCGGAGGAGCAAGACAUCUCGAAGUCGACCACAAAGUUCCUCGAACGAAAAGACCGAAAAUCGUAGGUCAUACUUUAAAGACUUGAUAUCACGGGCAAGCAAAGAGUCUCUACAAAAGCCAGACAUGAGCAAAGAAUUUAUACCUGCUGUGCCUGCUCUGCCUAGUCUAGGAUUGGAUGGUCCUGUCGAAUCUAGUACUACUGGAGAUCUCACGAAACCUGCUGAAGCAGGUGGUGGAGUAUCCCGUAAAGGUAGCAAGAAGGGUAAAAGGCGAAGCAAAGAAACUACGGACAUAGAUGCUAAGGAUAAGGACAAAAAUUCGGAUCAUUCAGAUAGGGUUUGUAAUAUUAUGUGAAAGGAGUUGAGUAAAUGCAUUCUCAAGGCGUCUGGAUAUACUGAGAAGGUUUUUAUAAUUUUGGAGGAGACCUACAUUAUGGUCGAUCCUCAUACAAUGGUGACGGCGUUUGAGAGAUAUUUUGAUACCAUUCAUUAUGAUUAUGGUCAGGGAGUGUGGAUAUGCACAUGGGUUUCGGCUUUGAAAUGGGUUUACGGUCGUUAUUGGUGAGAGGAGAUAUAAGAAAAUUUGACAGCCUGCUAUAGGAUGCGAUUUUUGAGCGGGUUGAAUCAGAUUUUAUUAUCUAUUCCAAUCAGAGUAUAGGUUAAAAGCACAAAGUGCAGAAAAUUAGGCGCGUAGGAGAUCACUAUCAAUGAUCGAAUCCAUGAUGGGGAGAGCUAUUACGUGCUUAUAAGAUUCAACCUUAUUGUGGGAAAGGGAUAGAGGGCAGGUUGGGAUUAUACAUAGAGAGGACAGGGUUGGGUAUAGAAAUUUGGGGCUGGGUAUAGCAAAAAUGAUCAGCGUUACAUAUAUAUAGCGUUUUCGAACACAUUAUCUGAGA